UCUCUGAAGGCCUCCUCAGAGUCUCUCCUCCCCCCUCCCUCUCUGAAGGCCUCCUCAGAGUCUCCCCUGACCCCCCAGGAGGAGGAACCUGUAACAGACUUCAGACAGGAAGUAGAAACAUCUGUUCUGCAGAGAGGUGAGGAAGAGGAGGAGGAUGAAGAAGGUCCUCUCCCUGGAUUGGUUGAGGACAUAAUGAGUGCUGACGGCCAAUCAGAGGACAUCCUGGAGAGCCUCCUCAGAGCUAUAGGAACCUCGGAAGAAGAAGAGUUGGAGUCCUCCAGAGAUGCAGUAACCACAGAAGAAGAGUUGGUGUCUUCCAGAGAUGCAGGAACCACAGAAGAAGAGCUGGAGUCCUCCAGAGCUGCAGGAACCACAGAAGAAGAAGAGUCCUCCAGAGCUGCAGUGACAAAGGACCUCUGCAGACAGACAGACUUCCCCCCCCCUGACGCUGGAGACUCCUCCCUGAGUGAAGAGUCUAAACCGGAGGAAGAUGGCGUGUUUGCAUCCCCGACCAGGACUCGAACCACUGAGGACCUGUUUGCUCUGAUCCACAGGUCAGCAGAAAACCCUUUAUAGCUAAGAACUGGUCCCAGGUCAGCCUGAACCAGCCUUCACUAUAGGAGGAGAGUCUUCAGUCUAUAGCAGCAGAACUAGUAGCUAGUCCCAGGUCAGCCUGAACCUUCACUGUAAGAGGAGAGUCUUCAGUCUAUAGCAGCAGAACUAGUAGCUGGUCCCAGGUCAGUCUGAACCAGCCCUCACUGUAAGAGGAGAGUCUUCAGUCUAUAGCAGCU